AUGGAUCCCCACAAUCAAUCAUCUUCGAGUCAUCCGCAAGGAUCGCGCAGUCAGAAUGCAGUCUAUGAUACGACACAUGGUGGCCACUAUGGCGCCAGCGCAGCACUUGCCAACUCCGGUUUCGCCCCCGCCGAGCUCUAUACUGGGCCAUGGGCCAACGUACACCAAGGACUGCACGGGCAGUACAAAGACAUCUUGACCACCUACUGGCAGCAGACCAUCAACCAUCUCGAGUCUGACACGCACGACUACAAGCUUCACCAGCUGCCCCUCGCCCGAAUCAAGAAGGUCAUGAAGGCAGACCCCGAGGUCAAGAUGAUUUCCGCCGAGGCGCCUAUCCUCUUCGCCAAGGGCUGCGAUAUCUUCAUCACCGAGCUGACUAUGCGCGCCUGGAUCCACGCCGAAGAAAACAAGCGCCGAACCUUGCAACGAUCCGACAUUGCAAGCGCUCUCGCCAAGAGCGACAUGUUUGAUUUCCUCAUCGAUAUCGUACCCCGCGAGGAGGCCAGCCACGCAAAGCGUGCAAACCCCGCAGGAUCACAAUCGGUGCAAGGAGGUGCCGCUGUGCCGGGCUCUACCCAACCCAACCUAGGUCCCGGUGGCCAGCAUAACAUGGCGCCGCCGCCAAAUCACAUGCCUACCGGGUACGACAUGGGAGGUCAUGCCAUGGGUGCUCCCGACCAGGAUUACCGCAACCCGCCCCCCAUCUACAACCAGGUCCAGCCUGGCCAGCAGCCAUAUGGCCAGGCACCCGGUAUGUAUGGUGAGAUGGAUAAUAUGUACACGUAUCCGGGGAUGCAACCGCCGCAGUAG